ACCACACCCAACUUUGACAGCACCCGCCCAACCAAAAAGGAAAGAGAAACAUUCCCCUCUCAGUAAGAGCUAACAAACCAAAAGCAUAAUCUAAGGCAUUCCGCCAUUUGCCAAGGGAAAGAGUUUGGAAGAUAGGAACUUCGGAGCACUAACAUGGCAAAGAGAUCAGAUUUUGCGCAGAAGCUGUUGGAUGAUCUGCGCUUGCGGAAAGAGCGGAUGGCUGCUGGUCAGACUUCCGGCCGUUCUUCGACAAUGACGGGAGAAACAUAUAGUUACUACAGGCAAACUCAAAAAGGAUUUACAGAAAUAAAAAAGCAUGAUAUUUUUGGUUCGAAAGCAGGACACACACCCAAAAGGUCAAAGGGAGAAAACAGACCACUGACCAUUGGAGAUUCCUCCAAACAGAUUGUUUCCUAUGGGAGAGGCCGAGGCUCAGAACAGAUGGGAGAUCUUUCUUUGGCCCUUGCUCUUGCCUUGGAGAAUGGAGGAAAACUCGGAAAAAUGAACUCCUCAGGCAGUAAUUCAGUGCUUGGUUUCCUGCACCAAAUUGGUAGGAGAUCAGGGAACUUUGGGAAGAUGGAAAAAGGAAGAAGUGUCGAUAUGCACAUGUCUUCAACUAGUCAGUUUCCUACUCUCUCUCCUCUUCAGGUCAAAGAGAUAUCAAAGGGUGCACAGAAAUUGAAUCAAAUCCUCAGAGCCUGCUCUAAUGGUAUUAACUUUGACAGCUAUUCUAUAGAAAUUGGGAAGGAACUUCUGAAAGGCGCCAUGGAUUUGGAAGAGUCCCUGAGAAUGCUUGUAAACCUGCAGGAAGCUUCAGAGCACAUGGUCACCCCACAGAGGAAAAACCGGAUCAAACUGCUGGAGGGUGAUGAAGAUGAAGAUGAUGACAUUGUCAAAGUUGAUGAACAGAAGCAGCUGGACCGACCGAUAUUCUCCUUUGAUAAGCCCUCAAGGGGCACACACCAAGUUUCAAGGACUGGUCUCAAGCAGAGGCUGACUCUGACAUACUCAUCAGAAGCUUCCAACUUGAACCAUGAAAGCCGAGCUUUAGUUGCCUCAAAUUCUCAAUCAGGAUCAGCUAGAUAUGUCAAUGAUUUCAAAGCUCUUGGUGUUCUAUCCGAACACAAGAAAACUUCAAGUUCAGCAAGAUCAAAACCAGACAAGGGUAUUCCAAAUAUAAUUGCCAAACUAAUGGGACUGGAAGAAAUUCCAGGAGCUAUGGAUUCAAAGCAUGGAACUCAGACAGAUUUGAGCUCUAGGCAAAAAAUGGAUGGAAGGGAUUCAAAGAAAACUGCACUUGAAAGCACCAAGAAUGAUGAACCAAAGUCCAAACAUGCUGAGAAUAUGGCACUCCAAACUGCAAGGCAGAGGUUGAAACAGUCCACCAAGACGCUGGUGACCCAGAACACUGCAUUUGGGCAGCAAGCAGAAAAAAACCCAGGGACUCGCAAUGCCAACCUUGAGAUGGUGGUUCAUAAUGGAAAACCACCUUGGAAGGACUCAGAAAAUGUUGAAGGUAAAAAUGCGGGGACAGCCACAAAGAAGGCCACUGCAAAAAUAAGCAAGCAGCAACAAAGCAACAUUCAAUUGACAGAAAUUACUGGAAGUCAAAAUAGCAUACUGGAAAAUGCAAGACGGCGGGAUGAUACAAUCCUCAGGGAACAUAAGGUCAUAGAAAGGCGUGAAACAAAAGAACCGUUCUUAAAGCAUGUGCAGCUCCAGGUGGCACCACCUACACAUAUAAUUCCAGAAGCUGCAAAGGGACUGCAACAUAAGACAGGGCAAAAUGGAAGUACACCUCAAGCAGAACAGAGAUAUGCAAACAGGCUUUUCCCAAGCAAUCAACAAAAUAUGGUAAAUAAUCUUGGAUUGCAGCAACUGAACAUGAUCCAAAAAUCUGAGCAUCAACAAGAAAAACAUCAAGCAGCAGAGAAGGAGCAGAAUGUCAGGCAGAAAUCACAGGGGGGAGUACAGAAAGGAAUUGAGGUAGUCUCGAAGAGUUCAUCAAAAAGCACGCAUGAGACUGUGAAUCUGCAAAAGAAGCAUCCACAUUUGAACCAAUCCACACAUGGUAAGAAAAGUUCAACAGAUGCAACUGAUGCGAUGCCACACAAAGGAUUUCCAAAUACCAAACACCAUGAAAAUAUGGUCAGAUAUGGAAGUCCUACCAACUUAAAGGUCAACAUAAAAGAUUCAAUGCACAAGAACUUCGAUCAAAGUGCCUCACGAACAGAUGUAGAACCUCAAUCAAAAAAGGCAAAAGCUAACAUUCUGCCUAUUAUGAAAGAGAAGGCUGUUCACGUUACACCCGCUCAGAAGAAGAUAGACAAUACUAAAGUGCAUAAAAGGGAGACCCCUCAAAAGAUUGAUGAAGUAAUGACCAGAAGAAAUGGAACUAACUUGGUAAGGCCACUGAAGCACCCAAUAUCAAUUUUGCAAGAAAUGAAACAGAGAAGGCAGGACAAAAUUGGAGGCACCAAAAGAGCUGAACAAGGGAGUGCUGUCAGACACAAAGAAGCAGAGGUGCACAUUAUUAAUUCCAAGAAAUCAGAAGCAAACACCCAACCAUUUGCUGUGGCACAGAAAUUGCAUAAAGAUGCUGAACUGGCUUCCAGUUUGUACGGUUCUGUGGGAAAUGAAUGCCAAAGCCUAAAAGAACCACAUACUCUAGCUCCAAAUGACACUUGCCAAGACAUAAUCUCGAAGGGUUCCAUUGAUCAGCAAGGCCAGGCACCUCUUUCUAUCAAAGAUCAAGAACCAGGGUUUCUCAAAAUUGUAUCAAAUCCGCUUAUUGGAAAUCAAGAAAGAAGUGUGGAUCUCUCUCAUACUGUUCAACUGGAGCCCCGGAAAAUUUCCAAAUCAAGGACACAGCAGCAACCACUGACAGAAAAUGAAAACCACCUCAAGCAGAUACUAAUAAAAAGCCAACUAUUUCUUAACACAGCAGAGGCACUCUUCAAACUCAAUGUUCCUAUUGGCAUUCUUCAUGCUAGUGGCCAUAACUGUCAUGAUGAGGAAAGCAGGCUCAUAUUAGAUUGCGGCUAUGAACUAAUGAGAAGAAAAGGGAAAAGACAAGAACUCAGUGUUCAUCCUUUCGUGAAGAUAUCAAUCAGUUCCACAAAGAUAGCUUCUUUGGAUGACUUGGUAAAGCAGUUGCAUAUAGACUUUGAGAAGUUGAAAUCAUGUGGCAGGGAUGGGAGUGAUGAGUGUGAUGCUGCAGACUACCUACCAAAAAUGCUCGAGCUAGACGUCCAAACCAUGGAUCCAGAUGUGAACUGCUUGUGGGACCUUGGUUGGAAUGAUAAGAUGUUUGCAUUUAUUGAAAAAGAUGAUGUUAUAAGGGAUGUGGAGAGGCAUGUAUUCAGUGGACUCAUAGGUGAGAUUACCAGAGAUUUUUUGCAUCUAAGCAUACCAAAUUGAUUGAAACAGAGCAGUGUAGAAUGAUUUGAGAAGAAUCGGUUUUCUGCUAUUUUGUUGUAGUAGGGGAAUUUCAAAGUUGUAUGUGAUUUUGUAAAACAUAAAUUAAGGGUAAUCCGUUUUCCAAGUUCCAACUCAUAAAUACACGUAUGCUGUUCUUUUUAUGUUUUCAUUGCAUAGAAAAGGCAAUAUGUUCAUCCCAUCCUGAAACAUUUGGAUGCUUA